AUGUCUCCAAAUAGUAUUCUAGAGGUAGAACAUUUUGAUGUGAGGGGGAUUAACUUUAUGGGACAAUUUCCUCCAUUGUUCUCGAAUCAAUAUAUACUUGUGAUAGUUGACUAUGUCUCCAACUUGGUAGAAGCAAUAGCAUUACCAACCAAAGAUGCUAAGGAAGUGAUUGGGUUUCUAAAGAAGUAUAAUUUCACAAGCUAUGGCACACCACAAGCUAUUGUAAGUGACAGGGACAUACAUUUUUGCAAUCGCCAAUUUGAAUUGUUGUUAUCUAAAUAUGGCGUCCGGCAUCGUAUAGCCACCAUAUAUCACCCUCAGACCACAUACCACUUACUAGUUGUAUUGGAGCAUCGUGCUUAUUGGGCAAUUAGAAACUUGAAUUUUGAUUUGAAGGCGGCUAGUGAAAAGCGAUUGCUUCAAUUGAAUGAAAUGAAUGGAUUUCGACUGGGAGCAUAUGAGAAUGCAAAGCUUUAUAAGGAACACACCAAAAAGUGGCAUGACAUUUAUAUUCAGAGAAGAGAGAUUGAGGUGAGGCAAAAAGUUCUUUUGUAUGACUCUAGACUCAAGAUCUUUCUAGGAAAGUUAAGGUCAAGGUGGUCCAGUCCAUACACAAUAACCAAUGUAUUCCCACAUAGAGCUAUGGAGAACACUUACAAGAGCAAAGGGACAUUUAAAGUUAAUGGACAAUGGUUGAAACAUUACUAA